AUGGCGAUGCUCGAGCUCGGAACGAUCUACGCGCUCGUUCUCAACGCCGUGCUGGCCGAGGCAGGUAUCAACCUGGACGCGACGGUCGAGGAGGGCCUCCAUCGUGCCGGGCAGCUGGCCGCGCUCAAGAAGGAUGCCAUGAAGCUCCGAGACCCGAUGUACUAUUGGCAGGUCCCAGCGCUGGACGAGCGCGACGUGCCGGUCGCAGUCAAGAUCCUUCUCGGUGCAUUUCACGAGGCGGCGAUGCCCAAUCGCGCGCUCUUGACUGCGCGCAUUGGCGAACUGAUCACGACGACCGUCUCUGCCACCGACCACGCGGAGCUUUUUGGUGUCGCCCACAAGUUUGGCUGCACCGACGACGGCUUUCAGAGUGUCCUCACGCACGAGCACAUACUCGCGAUGGCCGAUGCGAUGUUCAAGGCUGUCGAGGACGGUGAGACGACCGAGAGCUCCGACGAUGAGAUGCCGGCCGCCCCCGAUCUCGUCAAGAGCGAGCCUACGGUCGACGAGCCACCCAGUCCGAUGCUCGAACAGCCCAUGAGCCAUCUCUUGACGGUCGUGUCCAAGCCCAACAAGACGACGGACCUUCCCGGGCUCAUUUGGUACACGCUCAAGCACCGUCUGAGUCUGGUCAAGGAGCUUUACAGCACAACGUCGGGCGUGAAGCGCAAGCGCAUGGACCCCGUCGUCUUGGAUGGGCUCUUGAGUCUCGUGCACCGUCUUCUUCUCGACCGUCGCUACCUCGUGCCCUUUCUUGUCCCGUCGACGCACGAUACGCUCCGAAGCGAAGUGUCUGCGCUGCGCCUCGUCGAGACGCGUCUCCUCGAAGGCAAAGCGUCGCUCAUGCGCGAUACCUCGGUCACGCGCGUGGCGGUCGUCUCGGAGCGGCCCACGAAAAGCAGCGUGACCAAGGACUGGAUCAAGCACGUCUUUCACGUCGACUCGGUGCACUGCCUCGACCGCACGCACGGCAACAACGUCACGAACCUCCCGGUUGUCACCGAGCUCGGCUGGGGGUUUGUCAAGGCGAACUCGGAGUUUACGACCGUCAUGGUGCUCCACGUCAUUGGCGACUACAUGCGUUGGAGCCGUUCAUUAAGGAGUUUGCCGACGUCUUGGUCGUCGACACGGGGGCCAAACCCGUGCGCUUGA